CGUCUUCCCACCUCUUAUCCCACUGAUAAAGCUCUCUUGACGCGCCCCAUGGUUUGUCGAUUGUUGCUGCUCUUGCUAGCGACCUGCCUCGGCAUUAGCGCGACUGGCAAUGGCCUCCCCACAGCUGUGCGCCUGGUGACCAUCCAUCCGCAUAACGUCAGCGCCUUCACGGAAGGGCUCGUGUUCGAUGAUGGCGCGCUCAUUGAGUCCACUGGACUCAACGGCGCGUCCUUCAUUCGCAAGUAUAAGCUGUCGGACCUCAACGCCGACUAUUUCAAGACCGGUGCCACACACGGCGUUCCCUUUGUACAAGAAUUCUGCUUCGACGCUUCCAUCUUCGGCGAGGGUGUGACCGUGCUGGGCGACAAGCUGUUCGCGUUGACGUACAAGGCGGAGCAGGUGCUGGUGCUUUCUCGACGUGACUUCCAGCUGAUCGGUCAAUUUCCCCUCACGACAUCCACUAAGGAGGGCUGGGGACUCACAACCGACGGGGAGUUCCUCAUUGCUAGCGACGGCUCGGCCAACGUGCUUUUCUUCGAUCCUCGCGACGACUUCAAACUCCAUCACAGCAUCACUGUGCGGAAGGAUGGCAAGGAGGUGACCAACGUGAAUGAGCUAGAAUAUGUUGAGGGUGAACUGCUCGCCAACGUGUGGUUCGAGGAUCAUAUCCUGCGUAUCGACAUGGCGACUGGAGACGUGCUGGAGCAGAUCGAUCUUGACUGGAUAUCUAAUAUGGUGCCGAACAUUCACACCGGGGCUAUGAUGUCCUCCCCUUUCAAGCAAGAUGCUGUGAUGAAUGGGAUCGCCUACGAUCCCGUGACACGACACGUAUUUGUGACCGGCAAGCUCUGGGACUCUAUGUUCGAGCUUGAGCUGUCGUAUCUAAACACUCACAACCGUCCUAUCGUCCCUUAA